AUGGUGAUCCCAUCUACCUCCGAACCAUCGGCCACAAUGGCACUGAUGAAUGGGUACUCCGCCUCACCUGCCUCCGAUGCUGCCAGCAGCAGAGAUGAGCUAGCAGCUAGUGAGAGUGGAAGCCACCUCUCCGACACAUCUGCAAACCACGCCGCACGCGAAUCAUCAUCCUCCCCCGACGAAGACGCCGCGGACGAGUCCUACAAUGCCGGCUCCCCUGAACCGGAGGGAGAUGAGGAUGGCUCUGGCACAGAAAACCAUGACAACGAGAGUAGUGCCUCUAGCUCUGAAAACUCUUCAUCAUCAGAAACCAGGCGAGGCACGAAACGUAAAUCGUCGUCGGUCAAUGAAUCAGACUAUAUCCGACAGAACCCAGAUUUGUAUGGGCUUCGUCGAAGCGCAAGAGCCCGCACGACGCGUCAAGUGGUCCAGUCCGACUCCGACUCGGACUCUGAUGCUGUGGCUCCCCGUUCCAAGCGCCGGCGCCCCGCAGCCUCACAGCCAUCCUCGAAACGUCCAUCCCGUUCCGCAACCCAGUCGUCGUACUCUGAAGACUCGGAGAGUGAUGAAUACGGCGGGCCACGCGCUCGUACAAGCAAGGCGAGACGCCGGCGACUCCUUCAAUCCUCCUCAAACGAUGUACCUUCGCAUCCCGAGGUUCGUUUCUCGACGAGGAACGCCUCACGGAUCUCAAAUUACAAUGAAGACGAUGACGAUUCCAUGUUCGAGGAUGACCCUGACGAGAUGACGCAGAACUAUUGGGCGAAUACCAUAGAGGAUGAUCGCCCAGCUGUCGACAUCGUGCUCAAUCAUCGCAUCAAGGAUGGCGCGGACCCAAGUAGCAUCGACCUCGGUCGGCACGACUUUGAGUUCUACAUCAAAUGGCAGGGCAAAUCCCACUACCAUGCCACAUGGGAAACGGUCGAGAGCCUUGCAAACUGUCGUAGUACACGCCGUCUUGACAAUUACAUUCGCAAGGUCCUGUCUGAAGACAUCCGCCUCAAGAAUGACGAGGACGUCGCUCCCGAGGAUCGGGAAAAAUGGAACCUCGAUCGGGAAAGGGAUGUAGACGCUAUUGAGGAUUACAAACAAGUUGAGCGAGUCAUCGGAAUGCGCGAAGGCGACGAAGGAACUGAGUACUUCGUCAAAUGGAAACGCCUAUUUUACGACUCUUGUACAUGGGAGAGUGAAGAGCUCGUUAGUAAUAUUGCUCAGCGCGAGAUAGACCGCUUUCUAGAUCGUUCCUCUCGCCCCCCGGUUUCAGACAAGUCCGAAACAAACCCAGCCACGCGAAAGCCGUUCGAGGCGAUCAAGGGUACCCCGAGCUUCUUGCAGAACGGCCAACUGAAGGAAUUCCAAGUGAAAGGUGUCAACUUUAUGGCCUUCAACUGGGUGAAGAACCGCAAUGUUGUGCUGGCGGACGAGAUGGGGCUGGGGAAAACCGUUCAGACGGUUGCCUUCAUCAACUGGCUACGCCAUGUGCGGCGUCAACAAGGGCCCUUCGUGGUGGUUGUGCCCCUCUCGACCAUGCCAUCCUGGGCCGAGACUUUCGACUACUGGACGCCUGAUCUCAACUAUGUUGUCUACAAUGGCAACGAGGCCGCGCGCACAGCUCUGCGAGAACAUGAACUCAUGGUCGACGGAAACCCCAAACGACCCAAGUUUAACGUGCUCCUUACGACGUAUGAGUAUGUUUUGUUAGACUCAACCUUCUUGAGCCAAUUCAAAUGGCAGUUCAUGGCCGUUGAUGAGGCACACCGGUUAAAGAACCGCGAAUCCCAGCUGUAUCUGAAGUUGCUCGAGUUCAGGUCGCCGGCUCGCCUUCUCAUUACAGGUACACCAAUCCAAAAUAACCUCGCCGAGCUUUCAGCCCUGCUGGACUUCUUGAAUCCGGGCUUGGUUCAUAUCGAUGCCGACAUGGACCUCAACGCAGAAAUAGCCUCCCACAAGCUUGCAGAGCUGACGAAAGCCAUUCAACCAUUUAUGCUACGCCGGACCAAGUCUAAGGUGGAGUCUGAUCUGCCACCUAAGACAGAGAAGAUUAUCCGCGUCGAGCUUUCCGAUAUCCAGUUGGAGUAUUAUAAGAAUAUCCUCACCAAGAAUUACGCUGCGCUCAAUGAUGGGGCCAGGGGUCAAAAGCAAUCCCUUUUGAACAUUAUGAUGGAGCUGAAGAAAGCAAGUAAUCAUCCGUUCAUGUUCCCAAAUGCUGAAGCUCGAAUCUUGGAAGGCAGUGCUCGCCGAGAGGAUGUUUUAAGAGCCAUGAUCACGAGUAGUGGUAAAAUGAUGCUUCUUGAUCAGCUUCUGGCUAAGCUGAAACGUGACGGUCACCGCGUCUUGAUCUUUAGUCAGAUGGUGAAAAUGCUGGAUAUCCUUGGCGAUUACAUGGAAUUCCGUGGCUACUCCUAUCAGCGUCUGGAUGGAACAAUUCCGGCGGCCGCUCGUCGUUUGGCUAUUGAACAUUACAACGCAUCCGGAAGCAGCGACUUCGCGUUCAUUUUGUCGACCCGAGCUGGUGGUCUCGGUAUCAACCUCAUGACCGCGGAUACCGUGGUCCUAUUCGAUUCAGACUGGAACCCCCAGGCUGAUCUUCAGGCCAUGGCUCGAGCGCAUCGUAUCGGACAAACCAGACCAGUCAGUGUGUAUCGUCUAGUCUCAAAGGAUACAGUCGAGGAAGAAGUGAUUGAGAGAGCGCGGAACAAGCUUCUGCUUGAAUUCAUCACGAUCCAACGUGGUGUUACCGACAAGGAGGCGUCGGAGAUCCAGAGCAAAAUGGCUCGCAGUGGAAUUUCCGUCAGCGAGCCGAACUCGACAGAGGAUAUUUCGCGUAUUCUUAAGCGUCGUGGCCAGAAGAUGUUUGAGCAGACGGGCAAUCAGGAGAAGCUUGAACAACUGGACAUCGACUCAGUUCUCGCAAACGCUGAACUGCAUCAGACUGAACAAGCGGAGGAAAUUCAAGCCGAUGGUGGUGAAGAGUUCCUCCGAGCUUUUGACUACGUCGACAUCAAGGUCGAUGACCUUAGCUGGGACGACAUUAUCCCUAAGGAACAGUUGGAGGAGAUUAAGGCGGAGGAGAAGAAGAAGGCUGAUGAACGUUAUCUUGCGGAAGUCAUCGAGCAAAACCGACCUCGCAAACGCAACGCUCCUGGGGACGCACGGGAUACCCGUGAGGAACGCAAAGCCAAGAGACAAGCGAGAGCGCAGGUCAGCAUGGAGGGCUUCGACGAUUCUGAUUCCAACUCCCAGUCAGACCCGAAGCGACCACUUGUAGAGAAAGAAUACCGUCACCUUUUGCGAUCAUAUCUUCGCUAUGGUGAUAUUGGAGAACGUGAGGAAGACGUCAUUCGCGAGGCACGCCUCCUCGACCGUGAUAGGGAGACCGUCAAGGUUGCCCUCCGUGAAAUCACCGACAAGGCUGCCGCCCUUGUGCGGGAAGAUGUUGAAAAGCUUGAGGCUCUUGAACACGCCGGUAAAGUGCCGACGAAAAAAGAAAAGAAGGCUGUCUUGUUCGACCUUCAUGGCGUCAAGCGCCUCAAUGCGUACACUAUCGUGGAACGUCCGACAGAGAUGCGUAUCUUGAAGGAGGCGACGGCUUCGGUGCCUGAUUUCAAGAAUUUCCGUGUUCCGGAAGCCACCAAAGCGGCGGAUUAUACCUGCCCAUGGGGUGCACGAGAAGAUGGGAUGCUGUGUGUCGGUAUUGCGCGUCACGGAUAUGGUGCCUGGACCCAAAUCCGAGACGAUCCCGACCUCGCCCUUGGUGAUAAAUUCUUCCUUGAAGAACACCGUGUUGAGAGGAAAAACGAGCGUAUGAAUGCAGAGGAUAAAACCACAAAGUCCCCGGGAGCCGUUCAUCUCGUGCGUCGCGCGGAUUAUCUGUUGUCUGUCCUCCGCGACAAAGUCACCAACGGUUCCAGUGUCAGCGCGAAGAGAGCCGUCGAAAAUCAUCACCGGAAUAACCGGAAAGGCUCCCGCGCGCAUGCGAGCAACAGCGUGUCGGCCUCCCCAGCACCGUCACUCUCUCGAAGAGGUCAUCGAGAAUUAGACCGGCCCAGGCAUCGGUCCCACACCCACGGGGCUAGGGAUAGUGUCGAGAGACACCACACGCCGAGCCACGACUCUCGCCCCAGGUCGAUGCAUGAUGGAGAACGGAGCCGUCAUCGGACCUCCGACGCUUCUAGCGAGGAUGUCCGGCGUCGUAAGCCUAAUGAGAAUGGCUAUUCUGCGGGUAAGGAGGACAUGGCUCGCUUGUUCUUCAAGCCCAUUCGUGAGAAUCUCAAGAAGGUAUCCGCCGUGACCAAGGAGAACUUUCCGAACAAGGCGGAACGGGCCACGGAAUUGAGGCGUCUACUGGGUAAGAUCGGUGAAUUCAUCGGUCAGAAUCUGAAAGGCGAGGGCUCCAUGGCUUCUUUGGAGACUCGUUUAUGGCAAUAUGUUUCGGUGAACUACUGGCCUAACAAAGAUGCCGGGGGAGCUAAACUUCAAGAAAUGUAUCAUAAACUGAUCGCUGCCCGUAAGGAGGCGGCUACCAGCUAG